AUGGCUGGCUUUUGGGAUGAGAUGAGUAGCUAUGGACUUCCCAAUACGGCGACCAGUGCGGGACGAGUAGCUGUGGCCAUAUUGCUUGUCCCAGCUCGCUGGCUAAUUGAAGUCAGUAACAAUCCAACCUUGUCGACUUUGUCCCGAAGCCUAGUACGGAACGUGGUAUCUGGACACCAGUUGUCGCUCUUCUGGGCAAAUUGGAAAGAAGCCAUGAAGCUUGGACCAUGCGUCGUUCGGGAUGGUUGGAUUAGUUGGGCGGACGGCGGCCAAGCUAGUGGGGAUGGAUGGCCUUCUCGCACAAUGCCGUAUUUUGCCCACGGCUCUUCUUGGCAACUCGUGCGAGCCGCUGCAAAACUUCGCCUGACUCGCCCUGUUGCGUUGCAGCUCGGGGAGCCUCGCCUGGCCCUGCUCGAUGCACGCCCCCCUUCCACCUCUUCGAAGAGCCAACUCGCCUCCACAGCGAUAGCCGGGUUGGCUACUAGCGACAGCCUGGACAGUGGCAAAUUCUUUCCAUCCGCGGAGCGGUUAAACGCAAAAUUCGGCUUGGAAAUCCACAGAGGCGCUGCGGACGUGAUGAAGGGAGUCGUGGAGGCAGGCCGUGCCACCAAGAAUAGGAAUACAGAGAGAGGCGCAGUGUUGUCAAGGAACGGGGCCGAGGAAAGGUCGCAAGCUAAAGCACAUGGAGAAGCAGCCGAUAUCCAGGACCCGACAAGGAUGACGAAGCACGGCCAAAGUUCUCUUGUGAGGAUUGUUCAUGAUUGUGUCUCGGUGGUGAGACCGGGAUAUGCCCAAUUGAGCUGCAUUCGGCCGCGGAAGGACAUUUCAGAAAACCUGGAAGCUGUUCCGGCAACUCAAAAUAGGCGAACUGCUGCAUUGCGUGAGCUAGGUUCACCAAUGUAUGAAGUAAAUAGACAGCUCUGUGGAGGCCGAGGCGGGGGCGAGGCUGUUUCGACAAGUCUAGGUAGUCAGGCCGCUUUGCCUUUUCAAGAAGCUUGUUGGUUAGCGCAGAGGACGGGACAAGGGGCGAAGAACAGCCAGGUCGACUGCCAAACGCCAAGGACGUUUUUGGGGGCCAGCCAAGGAUACAUUAUUAGCAAGACUGAGACCGAGAGCGGCAAGGCUCAGAAGAUGGCAUCCGACUUGAUUGGGGGUGGCCAGCCACCUCGGGACGGGAAGCCAGAAAUGGUUCAAUGCAUUGCGAUUGGUCACAGUGACGAGGUCGAGCAAGUUGGGCAAGCGAGCGAACAAGCCAAUGAAUCGGGGUGCGGAAUUGCGUGUGGUGAUGUGGUUGAGAAAAAAGCCGUCACAGUGUGCGAGGGGAGAAGCUUUGUGACCAGGGCAAGCGAAAUGGCAGGAGGGCUGGCGUCAACAGGAGGGGCAGGCAGAGAUUACAGUGGCUUCAAGGCCCUGGAAAUGCGCUUGCCGUCCGCCUGCUGGAGAAGCUGGCCCACCAAAUUUACAGGUACGGGGGCCGCUAAAGUGACCAGGGGUGCGGAGCGGGCUCAUGGCCCCCACAGCUCAGUAGCUUGGUACCUAGGUUCUAUCAGACUAGUAUCUCGUAGGCGCAUCGUUGGAGAAUGCAACGUCCAGCGCAACCUUGUGGCUGGCCGCCUCGUCCUAGAGCUAGAGAUCUGCCCUAUUCCGGGCAGCCUUUGUUAUUUGCAAUCUUAUUUGUACGUUGCUUUGGAGAGGGCAAGCGUUGUACCCGUAGCGGGGGAAGUGCAGGCGAGGCGAGGCCCUCUACUCAGCUGGCAAACCGUAACCUACAGAGUAGCAGCAUGUAACAGAAGAAAGGCGGCCGGUCACGCAUCCUGCAUUCACUUUUGCGAGGUAGUUCUCUGCGCGCCGGCAUGUACCGGUGAAGCCGUUUUCGCCCCCGCCGGGCGGCAUCUUUCAUCACUGCCUGUGUCCCAUGAAGAAGGGGAACCCGCUGCGCAUCCACAGAUGGGGCCCACGACCAGAAAGAAAAAAUCCCCCAAGUGGUGA